AAUUGCGCCAUGAUGUCCAAGGUUACAAACAAAGUUUGGUUUAUAUAAACGGAGGCUGAGGCAGAACUCAUCACUUACCGAACCGAUUUCAACAAUGAAGGUAUUCCAAGUAACUCUCCUAAUCGUCGGGUUGGUCGCUGCUGCCUCUUCUGCGCCGAAGAGCGUCAUAGACUCCUUGAAGGCUAACCUCGGUCCUGACAUAGAGGACAUCAAGAUUCACUCCAAGGACUUGAUAGAAAGGGUAAAUUAUCACCUUCUGGACGAUGUCCCUGUUUUCUUGAGGGUCCCAUAUAGUGGUUCGGCAACUCUUGUCUCACACUUCAGCAGUGAUGCCCAAGAUGUUAUCGAUUCAGCAGACUCCGACAUUAGAAGAAUGAAAUACCACAUCCAGACAGCCAUAAAUGAAUUGUAUCCAACUGACUUGCCAAUCACAAAUAUUUUGCAAGUCCUCACACAACAACUAGAAGACGCCCGUAAGGUGACCGUUGUGAAAAAAGAACAACUUGUACAGCAGGCCUCAUCCCAUGUUUUGGCAGACACCUCGCUAAUUGCUAAGGAAGGCGAAGAUGCUGCCCGCAAAACCGUCAUGGGUCACGUGAACGACGACUUCAACUUAUAUGUCAGCAACGUAAAUGAUUUUAUUGCCAAAGUCGAGGGAUCUGUCAAAGAUGCUUAUAUUAAACUCCAAAAAUUGAUUUAUGAAUAAGGCGUUUCUUAGUUGCACCAUCGAUUGUAAAACAACUCGAGGAACACAAAUACAACUGAUUCAUAUUUUACAUUGUUAUUUUUU